GUACAAAAACAUAUAAUACUUCUUACUCACCAGAAGAUCAUAUAAAGGCAAAAUGAAUGAUAUUUCACAAAAGGCUGAGAUUCUGCUUUCUUCAUCUAAACCUAUCCCAAAAACCUAUGUGCCAAAACUUGGCAAGGGUGAUGUAAAGGAUAAGUUUGAAGCCAUGCAAAAAGCCAGGGAAGAAAGAAAUCAAAGGAGAUCUAGAGAUGAAAAGCAAAGAAGAAAAGAACAAUAUAUUAGAGAGAGAGAAUGGAACAGGAGAAAGCAGGAGAUUAAAGAGAUGCUUGCUUCUGAUGAUGAGGAAGAGGCAUCUUCUAAAAUAGAAAAGGCUUAUGUCCCAAAGCUAACAGGAACUGUUAAAGGUAAAUUUGCUGAAAUGGAGAAACAACGACAAGAAGAACAAAGGAAGAGAACAGAGGAGGAACGAAAACGCAGAAUUGAGCAGGAUAUGUUAGAAAAAAGGAAAAUACAGCGUGAAUUAGCAAAAAAGGCUGAGCAGAUUGAGGACAUAAACAAUACGGGAACUGAAUCAGCAUCAGAGGAAGGAGAUGAUUCACUACUUGUGUCAGUGGUACCUGUCAAAUCAUGCAAAAUAUCUGGAAAACUUAAAAAGAACUUUGAGGAUCUAGAAAAAGAACGUGAAGAAAAAGAAAGGCUUAAGUAUGAAGAAGAUAAAAGGCUGAGAUAUGAAGAACAACGGCAGUCUCUGAAGGAAGCCAAAUGUCUCUCAUUGGUCAUGGAUGAUGAAACAGAGGGUGACACAAGGAGGGAAUCAUUUUCUCCUGGAAAACUGAAACUAACUUUUGAGGAAUUGGAAAGACAAAGACAAGAAAACCAAAAGAGGCAAGCUGAAGAAGACGCAAGAAAACGUUUGGAAGAAGAGAAGCGAGCAUUUGAAGAAGCCAGACGGCAAAUGGUGAGUGAAGAGGAGGAAAACCAAGAAACAGAAAAAAGCUUUAAAGAGUAUCGCCCUGGUAAACUCAAACUCAGUUUUGAAGAAAUAGAAAGGCGGAGAGUAGAAGAUGAAAAAAAAAAAGCAGAAGAAGAAGCCAGAAGAAGAAUUGAGGAAGAAAAAAAAGCAUUUGCUGAAGCGAGGAGGAGCAUGGUAAUAGAUGAUGAUUCCCAAGAGAUGUAUAAAACAAUCUCUCAAGAAUCUCUUACACCAGGAAAACUGGAAAUUAAUUUUGAAGAGUUAUUAAAACAAAAAAUGGAAGAAGAAAAACGACGGACAGAGGAAGAACGCAGGCAGAAGCUAGAAAUGGAGAGACAGGAAUUUGAACAACUUAGACAAGAAAUGGGAGAGGAAGAGGAAGAAAAUGAAACAUUCGAACUAAGCAGAGAAUAUGAAGAAUUAAUUAAAUUAAAAAGAAGUGGGUCAAUUCAAGCAAAAAACCUUAAAAGUAAGUUUGAAAAAAUUGGACAGUUAUCUGAAAAAGAAGUACAGAAGAAGAUAGAAGAGGAACGAGCACGAAGAAGAGCAAUUGACCUUGAAAUUAAAGAACGAGAAGCAGAAAAUUUUCAUGAGGAAGAAGAUGUUGAUGUAAAGCCUCCAAUAAAAAGUGAGGCUCCAUUUACUCAUAAAGUAAAUAUGAAAGCUAGAUUUGAACAAAUGGCUAAGGCAAGAGAAGAAGAAGAACAAAGACGAAUUGAAGAACAAAAGUUACUUCGAAUGCAGUUUGAACAGAAGGAAAUUGAUGCAGCACUACAAAAGAAAAGAGAAGAAGAGGAGGAAGAGGAAGGUAGUAUCAUGAAUGGCUCUACUACUGAAGAUGAAGAACAAAGCAGAUCAGGAGCUCCAUGGUUCAAGAAGUCUCUUAAAAAUACAUCCGUUGUAGAUGGUGAACCAGUCAGAUUUACUGUUAAAGUAACUGGAGAACCUAAACCAGAAGUCACAUGGUGGUUUGAAGGUGAAAUACUCCAGGAUGGAGAAGAUUAUCAAUACAUUGAAAGAGGAGAAACUUACUGCCUUUAUUUACCAGAAACUUUUCCAGAAGAUGAAGGAGAGUAUAUGUGCAAAGCAGUCAACAACAAAGGCUCUGCAGCUAGUACAUGUAUUCUUACCAUUGAAAGUAAGAAUUAA